AAUGUACCAAACUAGUCCGAAGCAAAUCGAGGGGAUCCGGCCCCGAGAGGAGGCUUUUUGCUUUUAAAUGCGAGGUGGCACACGUACAACGGCCGAUAGGAAUAAUUGAGAGAAAUAGAGGGACGUAACUGAUAAUUCAUGCAAACUAGAGGUUUUAUUUCUAAAAUUUACCCUUGAUUUUUUAAUCAACUUCAAAGGCUCUACCCCACGAUAUAAUCUUCCCCCCUCUCUCUCUCUCUCUCUCUCUCCCGCGUCUCUCACAUUCCAACUCCCAAAAACCCCUCUCUCUCCUCACACCCCUCCCAAGAACCCUCUCUCUGUCUCUCACACACAAGGGCACAAUGGAUUGUUUUGGAGUCGAAUUUUGUAGAAUCAAGAAACGGUUGGAGAAAAUGGUUGAGCUUGUGGGGAUCAUAGACGACGCCGUCGAGACAAUAGAGGACGAGGAGAGGACAGUUGAUGAGUUUAAAACGAAUUGGAAGGUCAAGAAGGUGAAUUAGUACAAGAUAAAUUGGACGAAUUGGAACGUGCCGAAGACAGAACUAAACGUCUCGCCAUUCUUGGGAUGAAGGGGAUGAGGAAGGCUGAGAGGAUCAAGAACUGGUUAGCCGAAAAUAUCCCUCCGGGCCCAAAAUUUGUGGAAUAUAUGGCACCAUCAACCGUCUCUGAUGUAAGAUAUGUUAGAUUUCAUCUCCGCAGAGAAGAUAUCGGAGUAUUGGUGUUCUUUGAGGAUUGGGGGGUUGAGGAAUUGUCUAUGAUUGAUGAACUUGGAGGUUCGCUGGACGUCCCUGUGGUGAGGAGAUCAAGUUUAGAGCACCCACCCACAGAGCACUACAUGAUUAAUAGGGAUAGAAUUAGGAAUUUGAAAAUCAGGUUGUCUACUUGCAAACGUAUUAUCGAGGAGCUAAAUUCCUAUGAUAAGGAAGUUGAGAGAGAAGCUGUAAAAACUAUUGUCAUUGAGAACAAAGGAAGUGAUCCUCAAGACCUUUUACAGCAGAAAGCUGUGCUGGCUAGAUCGAAGAUGGUGGUUGCUGAUUGUCACAAACGUCUGGAGGCUGCAUUAACUGACCUGAAAGGAACCUUGGCUGAGUUGCUGCAGUCAGGUUGGAGUGGACAAGAAAUAGGUCAAGCUCGAAGCACCAUUUCUGAGGCUGACACGCUAUUAUCGACGGAUGAAACUUGAAACAUCCCCAAGCAACAAAAGGUUCGAAAUUAUCUUUGUUGAUAGGGUAUAUGGAAGUUCAAAUCCUGGACAUUCAGAAAUAGUUGGAUAUCAUUGUGAACGUGUAUAAUGCAAUAUACGUGGUUUGUUUACCUUUGCAAAGUUGUCAAUCGUUAGGGUCUGGCAUAUCUUUUGGUUACGACUUGAAGUGGAGAGAGAUUGUUUGCUGUUUUUUUUUUCCUUUCUUGGCUUGCAGUAGAGUCAUUGUUUUUGCAAGUCAGGAAUUCUGGUUGAAACAACUGAUGCAAUCAAUUUGAUCAGCCCUAAGUAUCGUCUCUCUUAUUCCCUGAUUGUAUCUCACUUUUACUCUGUCGUCAAAUUUAAAAAUAUCCAUUGGGUUGUACACAUUUCGAAGUCAAUUAGAUGGUUUCAGCAGUUCAUUU